AUGCAGGUCGUCAACCUCUUGCCCCUCCUUUUACUCCUCACCCAAACCCAUCUCUCCCUCGCUCAAGUCGUAUUAGGCAUAAAUGUACCUUCCGACGCAUCACCUUCACCUACCGAAAUUACCCCUCAACCUACCGAUCCUGCCUCAGUGUCCGCCACACCAACUGAGACUACCGAUGGUGAUACUGCAAGUGCGACUAUAACGGAGUUCGUCAUGCCCACACCUCUUCAAGCUGGAGUGAAGUACACUAAAGCACAAGAAGAUAAGUGUGGGCAAUGGGGUUGUGGGAGGCUAAUGUCUUAUGACCAAGCAUCGUGCUAUCCCGCCGUUACAUCAUGGGGAUAUCACUCGAUGAAUUGCGGAUAUGGACAUACGAGAAAUUCUCAAGGUAAUUGUCAAGCUCAAGGUUGGUAUGAUUCUCAAUUGGGAUGUUAUGAGACAACUAUCAUACAAGAAACUACUUCUGUCAUUCAGGAAUGUUAUGCUUCGACUGAAACGAUGACUGAAAAGAUCACCAUGACGGAGACUGCAACGAUGACCGAGACCAAAGCUGAAGUGUCAACAGUCACCGAGACAGUCAAUCAAACCAUAACCGAGACUGUCCCUAUUACCCUCACAGCGACAGCUACCGAAUUAUCAACUGAGAUCCAAGCGACGACCGAAGUUCAGAUAAUGACUGAGACCGUCGUACAUAAUGUCACAUCGACACAGAUGGUAACGGAGACUCAAACUAGUGUACAGACAAUGACUGUCAAUCAUACUCUGACGGAAACUAUGACUAAAACCGAAAGUGUCCCUGUUACCAUGGUAGAGACAAUUGUCAGUACAAUGGUCGUACCCACCACGGUUGUACAGACGGAAGUACAAACUGCUCGAGUGACAGACAUAGUGACCAAGAAUGAGACUCAAACCCAAGUCCAAACUCAUUUAGCUACCCAGACUGAGAAAGUUACGGAAACUCAAGUAGCCACGGAGACAGAUACACAAACUGCCAUUCAUACUGUCAAAGAAACCCAGAUCCAGAAUGUUACUGCCACUCAAACUGAAAAAGCUAUCGAAACUCAAAUACACACUGUUACCGAUACAGCUGUAUCGGUAGUCGUAUCCGCAGCAACAGAAGUUCAAGUCGCCACUGAAACGCUGCAGCAGAAUUCAACCGAAACAUUAGUCUCUACGGCUCUAGCAACGGAAACAGCAACAGCAACGGCCACAGCAACCAUAACAGAGGCUGCGACUCUGACUGAACAAGCUACAAUUACCGCUCUGGCCACUGCAACAAUAACGGAGACAAUUGCAGCUGCUGUCGAUGCUAAUGCGCUAUCAAGUUGUCAGAUGAGCUGUUCAUCGGCAUUUGGGUGGUCAUACAGUACUCAAGCGGCUUAUGCCGAGACUACACAAGCUUAUGGAGGCGGGUACGAUCAGCAAAGUGAAAGUAGCAGUGAUGGAGGGUAUCAGUAUAAGAAUAGGAGAAGAUUGAGAAAACAUUGGUAA